GUUUUUUGUGUAUUUUUUAUUUUUUGGGGGUAGUCAUUUAUCCAGAAGCAUCACAGUUGCUGCUUUUUGGAGUAGUUUCAUUCUAAUUCUGGUCCAAAAUUGUUCAUUUUGGACUUCAGAUUUUCAAAGUAAAUAAAUCCGCACCACAAAGCACAAUGAGGUUCUCAUGACUUUAUUUUCCCCAGCAUCCAAACAUAGUUACUGUUUAAUACAGACAAAGCAAAAAAUUAAUCCUUAUCAAUUCAAUAUAAUCAACUCUUUUAAAAAUGCGUUGGCUACGGAAGUUUUAUCAUUGAAAAAAGUUUCAAAAGCUAUUUUACAAUUUGUCUUUAGGGAAACCAUCGCAUAUAAAUGACGUUGGUGAUGAAACACAGUGGGAAAAAACAAAGCACAACAAUACAAACAAACAGGAAAUAAAAGGGCGCAUCCGAGGAGUUUCCUGACAGCACGAGAGGGAAGCCCACGCAGAAAGAAAAAACCCGUCAGACCGUGGAAGUAAUAUAAACACCAGACCAUGAAUCAGAUUCACAUAACAUCCUCUGAAAACGGUGGAGACUAAGGAGCGCGCAGUCAGAGCCAGUUUCUUUCAUACUAUCUCAAUGGAUUGGGUCUUUGCUAUAAUUUUGCAAGUUAUGAUUCAGCCAUCUCUCUCAGUCUUGUUUACUGUGGAGGCUGAGCAAACCAUGUACUCAUCGGAGUUUGGAGGAGAAGUUGUGAUGGGGUGCAGAUUCUCUAAAAAGGCAACACAACCUAAUUCUGACCUGAAGGUGACCUGGCACUGGACAAGUUCUGGGCUGCACCAGGAGCUGAUCCGGUUAGAUAACACUGCGGACUAUUCAGUUCCUCCAAAGUAUCAAGGUCGGGUGAAACUUCUCACCGAAGAGCUGAAGAACGGCUGGGCAAAGUUACAGUUGUCAAAUCUCAGGAUUAAUGACUCUGGAACGUAUCAGUGUUUGGUUCAAACCACAGAUGGAACAGAUUACAAAACCAUGACUUUAUCAGUUAAAGCUCCUUAUAAAACAGUGACCAAACGCAUUGAGAGGGCUGAACAAAAUAAGGUUUUGCUAACCUGCGAGUCUGAAGGUUACCCUAAAUCUGAGGUUGUGUGGACGGAUGGAAACCUGCAGAACCAACAUCCCAACACCAGCUUCGUGUCAACACCAGAGCAGCUUUUUAAAAUUACCUCUCAAAUAUUAGUGAGCUCAUCAGAGGAAAACAAUUAUACCUGCAGCUUCAAGAGUGAUAAAAAGUCUACAACGUUUUACAUUCCAGACGACCUACCAACUCCUCCUGAAAAGAGUGAUGCUGUCAUCAUCGUCGUGUUGACAGUACUCAUAAUUGUGAUCAUGGCAGCUGGAGGGAUACUCUAUUAUAAACGAAAAGCAUUCCGGACCAUCGGUACCACCAAGUGUCUGCCUGUGGAUCCGGACUCUUCUGUGUCUGGAGCUUGCCUACAAAAAGAGAAAGAAAUCAAGAAUGUUGAAAUAGAUAUGCCUGAAGAUACAGGCCUCUACUAGACCUACUCCCAGAAGCAGCAGAGAUGCAUUUACUUGAGGGACACCCCCAUUCCAUCCAGGGAACGGAUGGAAAUCCUCACCCCACACAGCCCUCAUCUCGGACUGAUGGACCCAGCUGUGCUUCAGCUCGACAUGCUUUCUCGCCGUGUGCUUCAAGAAAGCCGUGGUGGAGAAAGACUUCCUGCAGAAACGAAAAGUGGAAAAAAGCAAGAGGAACCGACGACUUUGCUGUCCAGACCAAGUAAGCUUCUGCUCAGACUGUUAUGAUUAAGCGACAAGAGUGUUUUGACAGCCUGCCUGGAGCACUUUAUCAUGUUGAAACGGAGACUGAAGCUUACCGCACUGAAAAAAAAAAAAGGUCACGCAAAGAACUGCAAAACACAAGUGCAAGUAAUUCUUGUUACAGUUAUUUUUAUUUGUUAGAAGGUUUUUUAGCCCAACUAUGCUGCAAAAUGCAUUGAAAUCAAUGCUUCAUGUGAAAUACGUGCAAUAAAGAUGGAUUUUUAUGUGGGAUCGUGAAGAUUUUUUCAUGUAAAUAAUAUUUGUUCAUUUUAUAAAGAAAUUGUACGAUAAGAAAAUUCUGUACUUUAUGCAGAAAGUGAUUUCAACACUUGUGUGCAAUUGUUAAAAGUUUCUGUUCACGAGAAAAGGAAAUGUCAGGGUCAAGUUCACUUGCUAAACUGCAAGCCCAAGCUUCUUUUUUUAUGACUGGGGAAGUUUACUGGCUUUACUGGCAGGAGAAGUACUGUACUCAUUCCAGUAACAGAAAAAAGUCAUUGUUUUAUUUUUGUAUCAUGUGAUCAAUAAAUAUUUAUUUUUUUACCUACUUCA